AUGUUAUCAGAGUAGAAUAUCCUUAAAUCUCUAGAUCAUGCAAACAUUGUGAGUGAUUUUGAAUUUUUUCAAGAAGUUGAGCAAUAUAUUGUUGUAACAGAAUGUCUUCCAAAAGGGGAAUUAUUUGAAACAAUAAAAAAACUCUAAAUUUUUAGUGAAAGAAUGGCAGCUGACUAUAUUAAAUAAAUUUUAUAGACAGUUAGUUACUGUCAUGAAAAAUAAUUGUCGAUAGAGAUUUUGAAACCAAAAAACAUUCUAUUAAGUGAAUAAGGAGAAGAAAUUAAAGUGAUAGACUUUGGAACUUCUUGA